CCCCCAGCCCUGACUCUCAGCCCCCCGCCCCCAGCUGGUCCCUAGCCCCCUACAAGUCCCUCUUACCCCACAGGCUCCAGAAGAGAAAGUGAGCCUGAGCCAAGGCCAUGCUUCUUCCCUAUCUCCCUCCCCCUUGGGACCAGGCUUAGGGUUUGCUGCCCUUUUUGCAAGAAGCUCUUGCAGGCUGGAACUCUGCCAGCCUGCAGAGACCUCUUUGCAGCAGUGGAAAAUCCUCAUGUUUCUCUGUUAAAAUGAAAAAUCUGCAUUUUUCUCUGGUAAAUGGGAAAAUCCAUGGGUUUGUUUUUCUGUUUUGUUUUUCCAUGGGAAACAGAAAACCUGGAUCCCUGAUGAUUUCUAAUCAUCCUUGCUUGUAUCUAUUCUAGCUGCAAAAUCCAAGUGCUGAAGUAAGGGAAUUUGCCUGUGCCAGCAUUUCAAAACUGUUACAGCAGAAGCAUACAAUCCCAGAUUUUCUGCAGAGAGAUGUUGUCCGGUGUUUAGGCCCUAUGUUGCUAGAUCAAAGUUUAGCUGUUCGUGAGACAGCUGCUGGAGCUCUCCGAAAUCUCAGUGCCUGCGGAGGCUUUGAAGUUUGUGAUGACAUGGUGACUAAAGAUAUCAUGACACCCCUGGUAGCACUUUUGAAAGAGUGCAGUGCUGGACUCGACGCCAACCAGGUCUCCCCAAAGAAAUGCAAAGAUACAAACAAAAAUUAUAUUGAAGACAUAGCCAAUGAGGCUGUUAAUGUGCUUUGGAAUGUAUGUGAGUGCAAUGGCACAGCAGUAUCUAUAUUCAAUAAAGAGGGUUGUUUGGAUGCCAUGUUACAGUACUUGAAGAAGUUCUCCACAAAUGUAGAUCUGGCUAUCUCUGCAGCAAAUUGUCUACAAGCAGUGACAGAAGAUAAUCCAGAGCUGCUUUCUUCUUUCAGUUCUUCUGCACAUCAAGUAUUGGAAUCUGUAAUGCUGUCCUCAGAUACUGCCAUGGAUUAUAUCCUUUUAAGGACAUUGGUGGCAGGCACUGGCUGGAAUAUAAAAGAUACCAUCCCAUCCAAUAGCUUGGCAAGUACAGUUAAUGCUAUGUUGAAGAUUUUCUCAGAAUCUUUAGCAAUAGAUGCUGGUGAAACUAUUAUUCAGAUGAAAGAAGCUGAAACACAACGGUUAAAGCUUGCUGCAGAGGCAGAAACUGAGGAAAAUAUGGAUGACAUGACAGACAAAUCUAUAUUGAAUGAAGAUGCUGAAAUGGAAGAAACACCGAAAGGAAAAGCCAGAAGAAAAAAUAAUGUUCUGGAUCUGCUUCCAUCAGAUAAAUUGGAGCUGAAACAAGUGACAGCUUUACUGAUGGCUCAGCAGACUGCACUGGAAAUCGUUGUUAAUAUGUGCAGUAGCGAAGAUCCUUCUGAUGAUGAAUGGGAAGAGCUUUCCAGCAGUGAUGAAAGUGAUCUGUUUAUGGAGAAUUCCUACGAUGAGGGCAGUGGGCUGCUGAUGUCUCCCCUCUGCCUUUCUGCUGAAGUUCAUGCUGCACUUCUGAACUACCUUGUUCCCAAAAAGAUUCUUGACAAAACUGCUUUUCCAAACAGUGUUGCUGUAGACCUCUGUGCACAUAGCCCAUCUUGGAAACCAUUAAUUAAAAAGUUGAAUGUGGUCCAAUGUAGAGCUCUAACAUGUCUCCAUAGCAUUUUGUUAGUAGCAGAUGUGGAUUGCCUUGGAGGAUCUUCGGCACUUCAGUCACUUUCACAGCACCUGUCCCAUUUAGUUUUUUCUCAGUCAGUAUUUCCUAAAGACGCUGAGUUCCUAGAAGCUGUAACUAGUGCCUUGAGAGCUCUCUUGCAAACAAUGGCAUCAAAGAACAUAUCACAGUGCAUAACUCCUGAGCAGCUGAUAACUUUAUGUGAAGCUGGAAUUCAGUGCAGCAAUGUAAGUGUUAGAGUAAAUGUAGUUAGUAUCCUAGGAAUUGCUGGGAGUGUGCUGGCAAAAGUAGAAGAUUCAGCUGAAACACUAAAGAUGAUUGGGAAAUUUCUUCUUGAGGUGGCUGUGAAGGACUCUUCACUUGUGGUAGCUGGAGAAGCUCUGGAUGCACUUUUUGAUGUUUUUGCAGAUGGUAAAGAAGCUGAAACAGCAGCUGUUGAGAUUAAAUUGCUCCCAGCACUGAAAGAAUUCCAGCCAGUCUUCAAAAUGAGGAUACGGAAAGAAGGAAAAAAACAGUACAGCACGGACCAGUUGUGCGUCCUAGACAAUAUAAAAAUGAAUUUGAGAAGAUUCAUUGCCUAUCAAGAGACAUUGGGGAAAAAAUGACUUUUUGAAAAAACAAAGGACUUUGAAAGCAUUAUAAGUAAAGGCUUUCUUGAUUUUGAUUUCCUCGUAUUUAGAAUUCUAGAAUUGGAGGGGGAAUGGGAUUUUGUGUUGCUGUUAAUGUUGCUUUUCUCAUACAGUGUUUUUUAUAAUUCCUGGGUUGAUGCAAUAUUAAAGCUGGCUUCAGCGUGUAAGUGCAGCAUUAGUUUGAGACUAAAUGUUAACACUGAUGGAAUGUACUCUUGCAAUCUGGAGACCUGUAAAUAGAAUUUACUCUCCUUGUAUAGAAAUCUGUAUUUUGGCACAAAAUUAAUUGAAUAAGAAAGUAAUAAAAAUUAUAUCUUGGUGCAUGGUAGGCCCAGGAAACCAUAAAAAAAUAGAUACUUUGCAAAGGUCUAAUGUUCAACUACUGUUUUAAUGUUUAUUGUUUGCUCUUAACAGUUUCUAGAGCUAAAAGUUUCCUAAGCAAAGUAUGAUAAGUGCAUAGACUGUAACUGGCAUUUAGAUCUGUUGCCCUCAGGCUUAUCAAAGAAGACAUAUCUUUCUACAUGACCAGUAAUUGUAGUUUGGGAAAACUUGUAAAAAGUACUUUUAAGAUUUCUGAAAAUCUGAUUGAUUUACUUCCCUCCUUUUAGAGCAUAUGUUAAGCUUAAAAGUUUAUAUUCAGGGAAGUAUUAAAUCUAAUUACAUACAUAACUUUUUAUAUUGAGGUAUGAUAAAAACUAUUUUUUAUAAUUGGGUAAAUUAUACCCCACAUGAAUUAUAAACUGAGAUUUGAGAGAGGCUUAUAAAAUUCAUUAUAUAUUAUAAAAUUCAUUCACUAUUUUUGAAGCAUCAUGUAUGCAUAAAGAUAAAUAGAAAUAAACUCUU